GUAGAAUAUAAUAAAAAGCGAGCUGCUUAAUAGGACUCUUCUACUUUUAGGCGGCUGCGCUUCCUCCAUCAAUCAAUCAUCGUCUUCUUCUUCUUCUUCUUCAGAGACAAAAGAGAAUGUCUGGAGGAAUCGCGCGUGGUCGCCUCGCAGAGGAACGAAAAUCCUGGCGUAAGAAUCACCCCCAUGGUUUUGUGGCGAAGCCAGAGACCGGUGCAGAUGGCUCCGUCAAUUUGAUGGUUUGGCAGUGCUUAAUCCCUGGGAAACCCGCUACUGAUUGGGAGGGUGGCAACUAUCCACUUACACUCCAGUUCACUGAGGAUUACCCCAGCAAACCCCCAAAGUGCAAGUUCCCUCAGGGUUUUUUCCACCCUAAUGUUUAUCCUUCUGGAACCGUAUGCCUUUCAAUUCUCAAUGAGGAUAAGGGGUGGAGGCCUGCCAUUACUGUGAAGCAAAUCCUAGUAGGCAUUCAGGACUUGCUAGACCAGCCUAACCCUGCUGAUCCAGCACAAACUGAGGGUUAUCAGCUCUUCAUCCAGGAACCAGUUGAGUACAGAAGAAGAGUGCGGCAGCAGGCAAAGCAAUAUCCAUCUGUUAUCUGACGAGUGCUUUUGUUAACUCAUUGUUUAGUUAAACAAAAUCAUGCUCAAGGCUCUUCUCAAGACUUGACCAACCUUCUAAGUGGGUUCCUUGCAUUUUUUUUUCUCUCUUUGUUUAUGGUUGUGUGUAUCGUAGUUAUUCUCAUUCUCAUUUGUGACAAUACUGAAAAUUCGCAGACAGUAGAGGCUGUUAUGCACAAACUUCAAACUCCUAA